AUAUAUAUAUAAAUAAAGAAUUUUCUUUUCUUUUCUGAACACGAUGCCACCGAGAGCUAAGAAGCGUAGAAUGGCUCAACCAGCAGCGACUGCCACACAGCAGCCAAGUGGUAGUCAGGCUACGGUGUCUGUGAAUUCCCAGACGUACUCGUCGACGGCGUCGGCAGGAUGUCCAGUACAUGUACCAAUACCACCGACCCAGGCUCCAUCAACUUCCGUUGUGGCGGAAGCGCAACCCAUGUUGACGACAAGUGCAGGGCCAUCCUUUGCACCGACCACCUCUGGAGCAACAAUCUCAACUCCAACAGAUGUUGGUACCACCCCUGCUCCUGUCCCAUCAAUACAUAUGAUUGUGGGCCAGAUUCCGACAAGCAGCUCCACAUGCCAGGGAACACCCUUGCCCAGUGCCCCUAUCUUUCCGCAACAUCAUCUCCAGUCUGAGUUUGCUAAACUUUUAGACGCCUCAGUAUCUGAAAACACACAUAAAUCUCAUCGGGCUGGAAUGGCAGCAUAUUACAAAUGUUCACGAUCCAACCCCAGAGUUCUUGGUUACAAAGUUAUUGCAGGGCAUGAAACGUUUGAGACAUAA